UUUUGUAAGAUUUGGCAUGACCACUGUGACGUUAUGGUUAGGGGUGGGGUAUUGUUAUUGUUUUUAUGAUAAUAGUACGUUUUUGCACUAUUAACUUCGUACGUAUUCAUACGAAUUAGCCAACUCGUAAAAUGUGUACGAAUUCUCGUGAAAUCAAUCUGUAUUAUUAGAGUACAGACGAGAAGAGAGUAUAAAAGCACAAAUGAGCUGUAAUAGUGACCCCACACUAACUUUAUAUUAUUUUAUGUUUAUUUUAUAUAAGACUACUUUGAAUAAUAUUAGAUGUCUAGUCUGAUGUGGGCUGCAUUAAAAUAUUUAAUAGCCUACCUGUAAAACCCUUAAAUAUGCCAAAUUUAUAAAUAAGACUGAUUCGGUUUUAAAAUCGCAUUAUUGUGCGUCUAACUGAAUUUGACUCUCUGACAAAAUAACCUGUAAAAUUAACUGCAUGCUUUAAUUUAUUGUUUUAACAUGUAACAUUAAGACAUAAAAGUAAGGUUGGUUAGGUAAAAAUCUAACAUUUAUAAUGUUAAGAGAAUUACAGAAAAUACUGGUGAAUAUGUAUCUCAAACUAAAGUGAUACAAAUCGAAAUUUCGAUCAUAAUUCGUUUUGUUUGUUUGUUUUAAAUCAAGUAAUACUCAAACGUUUAAUUUUGUUCUCUCCUCAUCAGAUCUGAAUGCUUUCCUGUGUGUCUUUUUAUGCACAUAUAAACCUUUUUUUCUAUUCUUAGGCAAACUGCUUUAUAAUAUUAUAUACAUGCGCACAAUCGUUUCACAAUCAUUGUGCAACAGCAUAAGCGGAGAAUUCUGAGAUGCUUAGCCUACUCUACUCGAAUAUUUGAUUGCAAUGGAUUUUUCUUCACUGUUCUCCCCAACAAAAUAACAGCAUGCCGCUUUUAGACUUGAGAGUUUCUUUCUCUCAUUACAAUUUUGAAACCUUUCAAAUAAAAAAACUCGUAUAGUUUGCAAGAGAAUUUGCAUAAAAAUAUUGUCAUUUAGAUUACAUAGAAUAUAAGUACAUUUAGACUUUAUAAAUAUAAGCUACCUUUUCAGGAUGUUGCUGCUAUAUUUCACAUUCUAUUGCUUGACCAGGAUCUUUAAACAAAUAAAAUUAAAGUAAUUUGUUUUUGGAUUUUGAUCGUCGUGAUUAAUGAUUAUUCAUAUAUUUCAGUCUUUGGUAACGUUUUCAAAAUAAACAAAGUGAAGAUAGUACGCAAUCUGUGUAACAUAAACUAUUGAUAAGAUCAAAUGUAAUAAAUACAAACAUUCUGAUGUUCAGAAGCGAUGCAUAAUUAAGCUUAAUAAUUAUAAGCUUAAGACGAUCGUGAAUGCAAAUUUAGCAUUAAUAAUUGCUAAAUUAUGUCGUCGACAAUAAUGAAUAAUACGUGAUUCUAGGCCUGUAUUCUAUGAAGUAGGAAGGUCAUGCAUAUUACGUAUUUUGCAUUCAAGGCGUGUGCAUCUCUUUUAUUACCUUAAAUGUGCUAAAAAAUGCAAAACUUAGAAAUAAUACAAUUGCAUGGUUUAAUUGUAGACUAGUUUUUUUAAUUAUUGAAAUAUUCGAUUCUUUUUUUCUUAUUAGACAAUUCAAAAGCAUUAUGCAUAAUGCAAGGUCUCUGUAUCACGACAUUUCGAUACAUAAACCAUUCUCACAAACUCCCAUGUGCAGUACGUCUUCCCUCCCCUCUGAUCUGCAAACUUUCAGAGACUGCCUAUGAGGAGAGCAGGAGCAAAACCUGCCAGCCCCUUAAUUUUCUCCACUUCCUGUACUCAAACAACUGCAUCCCAAAAGAGAGGAAAAGUCGUAGGAAAUAUCCUGCAAACAGUUCUGAAUAAGGCGUCCUGACGAACUGCGUGCGCUCGGCCGCAUCUGGUCCGGUUUACUCACGUAUUACCAAAGUGAAGACUUUUUUUAGAUUUCACAAGAGUUUUUUUUUAACAGGACUGUCGUUAUUUAUUGACUUUUAUAAAGGAAAGAGUGAACUGGGUUGAUAUUACAACGAAAUUGACCGCGCAUCCAGUGCGCACUGGAUAAAAUACACAAAAGGCAAAGAGCUUGCAUCUUGAGGAUACGCAAAGAGGGGGUUAACUUUAUCAAAAAUCGCCGUUGUUUCUGGGCUUUUUCAUGUAUUGGAAAAAUGAGGUUUUGGCCCCUCUAUCAGAGGGAAAUCAAUUUCUAUCCGAAGGAAUUCCCACAAAACAGGUGAUCUCGCCAGAUUCACAGAGCACACCGGGAGCAUCACGCUGCGUGGACAGUCAACACGGACACGCAAUGUCACACUCCGACGGAGAAUCACACAGGUCUAAUAUGGAGAAAGACGAUACGCGCUCUUCGCCCAGUCCUCCUUCAACUCCGUCCAUCUGCUCGCCCACAUCCACCGCCUCCUCCGUUCCGUCCACCGGGAAGAACGUGUGCGCGAGCUGUGGACUUGAGAUCUUGGACAGAUAUCUGCUGAAGGUUAAUAAUUUGAUUUGGCACGUGAGAUGUCUGGAGUGUUCAGUCUGCAGAACUUCACUACGUCAGCACAGCAGCUGCUACAUUAAAAACAAGGAAAUCUUCUGUAAAAUGGAUUAUUUCAGUAGGUUUGGUACAAAGUGUGCCCGCUGUGGCCGGCAGAUCUAUGCCAGCGACUGGGUACGGCGAGCCAGGGGUAACGCCUACCAUCUGGCCUGCUUCGCGUGUUUCUCCUGCAAACGUCAGCUUUCUACAGGCGAGGAGUUCGGACUGGUGGAGGAAAAAGUUUUAUGUCGGAUCCAUUACGACACCAUGGUGGAAAACCUAAAGCGGGCCGCUGAAAGUGGAAGUGGACUUACUCUAGAAGGGGCCGUGCCCUCGGAACAGGACAGUCAACCAAAACCGGCCAAACGGGCACGAACAUCCUUUACAGCGGAGCAACUGCAGGUAAUGCAGGCGCAGUUUGCCCAGGACAACAACCCUGACGCUCAAACCCUUCAGAAACUAGCAGACAUGACCGGAUUAAGUAGACGAGUAAUACAGGUUUGGUUUCAAAACUGCAGAGCGAGACAUAAAAAGCACACCCCACAGCACGGCGGUCCACCUCAAUCACACCCUCAGGCCCGCAUGCCCCCUUCACUGCCCGACGAACUGCAUUACUCCCCUUUCGGCAGUCCUGAGAGAGCACGGAUGGUGGCCCUGCACGGGUACAUCGAAAGUCAUCCGUUUUCCGUGCUCACUGCACAGAGCCUCCCUCAUCAAGCCAUGUCGUUACCCCAGCUCCCUCUCAGCCGCUAACGCCCCACUGCCUCAUGGUGACCCCUGACCUCAUGCUCCAAACUUCCGUCCACUCCUCCACAGACCCCAGAAGCGGGAUCUGGCUCAAGGAGAGGGUCACGGUCCCUCUUGCUCUUGACCUUUGAACUCCCAAGGAGAGAGACUAUUUCCUCUCUGGCUUCAGUGGACGGGAUUUUACUCACCUGCAUCCAGUCACGCUCAUUUACGGAAAAGACUUAUCUGUGACCUGUGAAUUUAAGACUUUUGUCGUCGAGACCAGAAUCUGGACUUUCGGACAAAAAAACACUGUACAAAGACUAGAAGUGCUCUUGGUUCGUCCUCUCUCCUAAUUGAUUCAUCUCAGAUCAUUUGGAGAAUGAAUGCAAACACAAGGAAUGUAAAGUUACCUGCAUCAGUGUUAAAGAUAUAGAUUGGAAUAAAGGCUAAGAGCUGUGGAUGGGGAAAAUGACAAGGUGGUAAGAUGUUAUAUCAUUUUUUCCUGGCUAAAAAGUGAAAAA